ACGCCGGGUGUAAGGUGACCUGUCCAGCCAGAGUCGUGUUAUCCAGCAAAGUGUUUAUUAAACCCACCAAAAUCAUCUUACUUUACAUUUCAAUACAGAAGAAAGCUUUAAUGUGAAUAAAAUGAGGAGGUGAGGUGUAGGAGGCGUGAUGCCCUGAGGUUGGGAUGGGGGGGGGGCUGGGACGUCCCUCACAAUGCGCCUUUGAUGUUCAUAUAGAAACCGGGGUAUAACAGCAGGAGGAGAACAAUGGCGCUAUUGGGAGCGGAGUGACGUGGCGAGCUCUGAUUGGCCGCUGUGGACAGGUGCAGCCUCCCAGGUGCCACACAGGAAUCUCGGCCAUUCACAUCGCGAGCGUUUUCUCCUCUCGAGCCGUUUUAAAUUUCUCCUCAAAGCUUUAUUACUCUUUACAUCCUCGCUGGAUUUAUGUGUGAUUUUAGAACUGUAAAUAUAUAUAUAUUUAUAUAUGAGCUCGAAUUUACAAAAAACAAACGGUAAACUGGGGAAUUUAAAAGUUUUUAUUUUAGAAUAGCAAGAUAUAUAUACAUAUUUUGAGUAGCAAGAAAUUACUUUUUUUUCAUCCUCUUGGUUCACCUCAGUAAGGGAGUUAACGAUCCGCUGGAUUAGCAUCAUGCUACGCAUCAGCGCUGUGUAUUUCGCCCACGGAAUGAUGAAUUUUCGGACGGAGCUCGUCAUCGCCAUGCUCGCCUCAGGUGUCUUCCUCAUCCCAACAUGUGACACUCAAGAAUGUGGAAAGCCUCUUGUUGGAGCUCGCAUCGUAGGAGGAAGCGAGGCGCGAGACGGGGCAUGGCCGUGGCAAGUGGACAUCCAGAUGGAAACAAGCGGCCAUGUUUGUGGAGGAUCCAUCAUCUCCAGAGACUGGGUUCUGUCUGCAGCGCACUGCUUUCCCGACCCAUCCGAUGUCUCCUCCUACCAUCUCUACAUGGGUCGCUAUCAGCUCGACGGCACUAACCAGUUUGAGACGGUGAGGGAAGUGAAGAGGGUGGUGGUGGCACAGGGGUACUCCGCUCCUCAAGAGGGCAAAGACGUGGCACUCGUAGAGCUGAGCUCGCCGCUCACCUGGACAGUCCAUAUUCGGCCCGUUUGUCUGCCAAACACCAACUUUCAGUUCAACGAUGGAACCAUGUGCUACGUUACAGGCUGGGGGGACACACAAGAGGGAGUCUCGCUGUCUGGAGCCGGGACGCUACGGGAAGUCGGAGUGCCCAUUAUUGACCAAGAAACCUGCAACUCCAUGUACCAGGUCAACUCGUAUAACUCGGACACGGUGUCCAUCUUAUCAGACAUGAUCUGUGCUGGAUACCAAGAGGGAGGCAAGGACUCCUGUCAGGGGGACUCCGGCGGACCCCUCGUCUGUUCCAUCGGGAAUGGCACGUGGAUCCAGGCGGGUGUUGUGAGUUUUGGACUGGGAUGUGCUCAGAAGAACAGACCCGGCGUGUACGCCAGAGUGUCCAGCUUUGUGGGCUUCAUCCGCUCCACGGUGCCGGACGCCCAGCUGCUGGACCGCGCCUGUACCCGUGCAGCUCACAGCCUCAUGGUGCUCAGUGUGACUCUCACAGCGGUGAUGUUGGGUAGGUAGUGAGUGUGUUCAGUGGACCCAUGAUGUAAUACUGACCCACAGCAUGGAAACAAGGAAAAGGAGUUUAAAAGAUUUUGAUGAUCUGGUGAAUGUACUUCAUGAAUUAAUCAGCAUCUACACUGCCAUGCGAGAGAAACAUAAACAGCUAUUUAAGUGUAAACCCACGCUAUAAGCUUUAUUUUUAUAUAUCAUUCUUUUUUUUUUAAUGAAAUAAUGACUUCAGUGUCUUGGGUAUUUACCUCUAAGUUAAAAUGUGUAUAAGUGUUUAUUGCUGCUUCAUUUUCUAAAGUUCAAACUGGUAUUUUAUGUUGGGCUCGGCAGUGAAAGGAACUCUUAAUGCUUCAGCUUCAUACCAAGACAUUUUGGACAAUCUCAUGCUCUUUGUGGGAACAGUUUGGGGAUGACCCCUUCCUGUUCCAACAUGACUGCACACCAGUGACCAAAGCAAGGUCCAUAAAGACAUGGAUGAGUGAGUUUACAUUCCAUAUUACAUUCAUGUGCAGGUAAAGGCAGACGUCCCAAAACCUUUGGUAAUAUAUAUAUAUAUAUAUAUAUAUAUAUAUGUAAACUGGUUUAGUCAUAAAUCCAUCAUACAACCUGUAUCUGUAUGAGUGCAUUGUUCUGCUGCCACGUGAUAAACUGAUUGGAUUACUGCAUAAAGCAGGAGGAGAGAUGUUCCUAAUAAAGUGAAUGGUGAGUGUAAAUCCACUUUUUAAUAUUCACAAAUAAACACACAGUG